UCAAAGUUGACACUUAUUUUAUUUUCAUAGUAGCUGCAAUAUUUAUUUAAUUUUCACUGAAUGGUUUCUUCUACAAUUAAAAGUGAAAGCAGGGCCGAGGAAGAAAAAAAAUAUGAUACUAAAGAACAAUUCGCUCUGGAUACAACAAAAUUACAUAAGAAAGUUGAUACUCCUCCAACAAAAAUUAUUAUACGUAAUUUACCCCCUUCAAUGACUCUUGAAGUUUUUUUGAAGCAAAUUGAUCCUAUACCAGAGCAUGAUUAUUUAAGAUUUGUCAUGGGGAAAAAUUCUAGCAAUAGAGCAUACAUAAAUUUUAUUAAUUAUGAAGAUAUAUGGCUAUUUAAACAAAAGUUUGAUUGCUAUGUUUUUUUAGACGACAAUGGCACUGAAUAUGAAGCAAUAGUUGAAUAUGCACCUUUCCAAAAAAUUCCCAAGUUAAAUAGGAGAAAAGACACAAAAUGUGGGACAAUAGAAGAGGAUGAUGAUUUUAAAGAAUUUUUGGAAACUAUAGAAAAGGAAAAAGAAAAAAGUGAGCAUCAACCUGUGCCACUAGACAAAUGGAUUGAGGAGAUAGAAUUGAAGGAAAUUGAAUCAAAAAAGGGUUAUAUCCAAAAAACAACACCGUUAUUAGAUUUUAUAGCAAAGAAAAGACAAGACCGAAAGAAUGAAGCCAAAAAAAUACGCGAAGAAAGAUCCCUGGCCAAUGAAAAGAAAAAAACAGUUAUAAUUCACUCUAGUAGGAGUAUGAACAAUAACAAAGAUAAUGUUAGUAAAGACAACAAAGGCAAGCCCAUUGCAUACGAAAAAAUCGAGACCUCCAAACGAAGCCAAUCAACAAAAUCAUCGUCUUACACUCCUUCCGGCAAUUACAAAAAUGUUUCCAACAUCGAUAGUAAUAAGGAUAGAGAUGCCGGCUCGAAAAAAGAGACAACUACUAAUAGCAAUGUUAAAACCAGGAAUUAUUCCGGCAGCGAAUCUGAUCACCAAAGACCGGACUCCAAAAAGGAUUUAUCAAAAGAUGAUAAAUAUUCGUCCCCUAUCAAGUUGCUUCUGAAACCCAAGAAAACAGCUCCGAGCCAAGAAAACAAAAGUAAUGCUAACGAUUAUGAUAUGAGUUCGCCUGGUAAAGAAAAGCCAUAUCCUCUUAAUAUUUCAAAAAAGGAAGAAAGGGAAAAAUCAAGCUCAUUGGAUGCGACGGAUUCAGUUUACAAUAAAGAGUUAUUAGCCAAGAAAUCUCAUCAACCCGUGAAAUUUAAUUUCUCUGGUAAUACUAUUACCAAGGUCUCAAAAUGGGAUGGCAAUAGUAAAAAAGAUAACGAUAAGCCAAUUGGCAACUCAUCUCUCAAGGAUAAUAUAGGAGAAGAAGGGACCAAAAACAAAAAUUACAACCAGGUUAUACAAACGAAAGAUGAGUUAACAAAUUCCAGACCAUUAAAAAAGGAAAGACCUCCCAUUCAAUUAUACCGUCCCGGAAAAGGGCUUAUCAAAAGAGAAAAACCGCAAUAAUCUUUGGGGACAUCUUGAAAAAAAUUAAAAAUGAAAUUACUUUUUAUUAAAAAAAGGAGAAGAAACAUAGUGAUCACAAGAAAAUACAAUUAAAAUAAUACGGAUUUUGAUUGAACCUAAAUUCAUAUAUAGUAGCACCUGAAUAAGAACUAUAAAUAUAACUUAUAUCAUUUUAAAGCUCUUUAUGAAAAAUACGCUUGCUGUGUUCUUCCAUUGUAACGGAAAACCAUAUGAUUUCUAUU